UGUCGCUGAGGCGGUACUUCCUCAAAUUGCCUUGGUAACCCACAUGGAAACGCGCGUCUCUUGUGUUUGAUUUUAACGGUCUUACCUGAAAUAGGCUUCAGGAUUUUGAUGCACGUUUAAAAGUGUUUGAUUAAGCUAAAAGAAAGAUGAAGAUCGAGGAAGUGAAAAGCACAAUGAAGACCCAGCGCAUCGCCUCUCACAGCCAUGUGAAGGGAUUGGGGCUGGAUGAGGCCGGUAAUGCUAAACAGUCCGCGUCCGGGCUGGUGGGACAGGAGACUGCCAGAGAGGCUUGUGGCAUCAUUGUGGAGCUGAUCCGUGCUAAAAAGAUGGCUGGCCGAGCUGUUUUACUUGCAGGGCCACCAGGAACCGGAAAGACUGCUCUAGCAUUGGCCAUAGCACAGGAAUUGGGUAAUAAGGUUCCUUUCUGUCCUAUGGUGGGCAGUGAAGUGUAUUCAUCAGAAAUCAAAAAAACUGAGGUCUUAAUGGAAAACUUCAGAAGAGCCAUAGGACUGCGUAUCAAAGAGACUAAAGAAGUGUAUGAAGGAGAGGUUACUGAACUGACCCCAUGCGAGACUGAGAACCCAAUGGGGGGCUAUGGCAAAACUGUCAGUCAUGUCAUUAUCGGAUUGAAGACUGCAAAGGGCACCAAACAGUUAAAGUUGGAUCCCAGUAUAUAUGAAAGCCUGCAAAAGGAGAGAGUGGAGGUCGGUGAUGUUAUCUACAUUGAAGCCAACAGUGGGGCAGUCAAGAGGCAAGGACGAUGCGAUACCUUUGCAACAGAGUUCGAUUUAGAGGCAGAAGAGUACGUACCACUACCAAAAGGCGACGUACACAAGAAGAAAGAGAUUAUUCAGGAUGUUACACUUCAUGAUCUGGAUAUUGCUAAUGCAAGACCUCAGGGAGGUCAAGACAUACUUUCUAUGAUGGGUCAACUAAUGAAGCCCAAAAAGACAGAAAUCACUGAUAAACUGCGAGGAGAGAUCAAUAAGGUGGUGAACAAAUACAUUGAUCAGGGUGUAGCGGAGCUGGUACCAGGCGUUCUGUUUAUCGAUGAGGUUCACAUGCUGGACAUCGAGUGUUUCACCUAUCUUCACCGAGCUCUGGAGAGCUCCAUCGCUCCCAUAGUCGUGUUCGCAUCCAACCGAGGAAACUGCCUUAUCAGGGGCACAGAAGAUAUCAGCUCACCUCACGGUAUUCCUCUGGAUCUACUGGAUCGAGUCAUGAUCAUCAGAACAAUGCUGUACACGCCACAAGAAAUGAAACAGAUCAUAAAGAUCCGAGCUCAGACAGAAGGCAUCAACGUAAGUGAGGAGGCUAUAUCUCACCUUGGAGAGAUUGGUACUAAAACUACACUCAGAUAUGCUAUGCAGCUGCUGACCCCUGCCAGUCUUCUGGCAAGAGUUCAGGGGAAGGAGGUUGUCGAAAAAGAACAUGUCGAAGAAAUUAAUGAACUCUUCUAUGAUGCCAAGUCUUCUGCAAAGAUCCUACAAGACCAGCACACAAAGUUUAUGAAAUAACUUCAGCACUCUCUCUCUUGCUUACUCUUAUUUUUUCUUUACUGGCUCUUUAGUUCGCAUGUCUUGGAAGUUUUAACAGUAUGACAGCCACAGAGUCAAUCAAAGAGCAAACUGCAGCUACUGUAUUGUUUUACCUUUUCUCUCUUAUAGCAUUCCCAGAUCACCUGAAUUCUUCAUUUUAGUAUGAUCAUCUCCCUCUUUGUCCUGUCUCAUGUCUUUUUGUUUGACUUUAGUUGUGAAAAAUAUUUUUUUUGAAAGCAAUGUGAAAUACAAAUGGUAUUGAAUUAAA